AUGGGCCUGUUUGGUAACCAACUGCCUUUGAAACCCAUUGCCUUUUUCCCAUCACCAACAGCCAUCAACGCCAUCACGCCGUCAACCCCUCUUCAUUCCGUGGCGAUUACGAGCGCAGUGAUUGCAAUAGCGGGGGUGGUGCUGAGCUGGAUCACCAUCGAGAUCGCCUGCAAGCCCUGCCUGGAGCAGGGGCGCAACGCCAUCGACCACUCUCUCAACCCCGACUACGACCCCGACGACGACAUUUCCUCCAACAUUCGCGCCCCUCCCCACCUCCGAUUUUCAAGGAAGCCUCGCCGAUCCAACGGCCCCCGUUGCUUCUUUAGCUUCCUCUGCUCCCGUCAAGGCCGUCUGAUCGCCACCACUAUUGCAUCACAUAACUCAUCGCCCCUCUUCUUCUCUGACACGUGUAAAUGUCUACAACAAGUGAUCUGUCAAGUGGUCCCCCGUUAUGUCGCUGUGGAAUUCCUGCACGUCUAAGGAACUCUAGGACCGAGACCAAUCCCGG